ACCGAAAAAGGCUGAAUGCUCUAGCGCCCGUUUAUUAAACGGGCUGAAUGACACUAGUUUUUAAUAAAAGGACACAUUCUACUCAUGUAAAAACACACUGAUUCCCGGACCAUCCAUGGGCUGGAUUGAGAAGGCAAUUGGGCCGCAUCCGGUCCCUGGCCCUUAGUUUGCCUACCCAUGAGUUAGACUUUGGCACCUGGAGACUUAUGAGUGACUAAGAUUAUAAGCAAUUAAAUGAGCCUACGUAGUAGUCGCCAUGCAUGCCUAAGGCAUUCAUGUUUGCUUUUGGGAAAGGGCAACUUCUUGACUCUUGCUAGUAACACUGCUACAGUCAUUACAAAUGGGGAAAAAGUGAAACUCCCCAGGAAAAUGUGCCAGGCCUGCUCCACUAUGAUAUUUAGGUGAUCAAGGAUGUUUUUAUUCCACCAGGCAUUCGCGAACUGAUUUCACAUGAGAUAAGUUGUUGCUAUGGUAUUGUGUAUUUUUACUUUUUGCAGUGUUGUUCUGCAGACAAGUAAGGUGUACAAAAAUGCAUAUUCUGGGGUAAAGUAUGCAUAUAAAUACAUUGUUUGUAGUUAAGUUGUUUAGUCAUGUCUGACUCUUUAUGACCCCAUGAACCAGAGCACGCCAGGCACUCCUGUCUUCCACUGCCUCCCACAGUUUGGUCAGACUCAUGUUUGUAGCUUCGAGAACACUGUCCAACCAUCUCGUCCUCUGUCGUCCCCUUCUCCUUGUGCCCUCCAUCUUUCCCAACAUCAGGGUCUUUUCCAGGGAGUCUUCUCUUCUCAUGAGGUGGCCAAAGUAUUGGAGCCUCAGCUUCAGGAUCUGUCCUUCCAGUGAGCACUCGGCUGAUUUCCUUCAGAAUGGAUAGGUUUGAUCUUCUUGCAGUCCAUGGGACUCUCAAGAGUCUCCUCCAGCACCAUAAUUCAAAAGCAUUGAUUCUUCGGCGAUCAGCCUUCUUUAUGGUCCAGCUCUCACUUCCAUACAUCACUACUGGGAAAACCAUAGCUUUAACUAUACGGGAUAUAAAUGCAUAUAUUAGUGAAAAUAGCAUGUAAUGCAAUAUAUAAAGAGAAACUAUGUUGCAAAAAAUGUGUAUAUUAGGAACCAGCACUAAAAUGUAAUUAAUUUUCAUGAGGGACUUGCUUUUUUUAAAUAAAAAAUUGCAAAUGCGGAAAUGUGAAGAACUGAACUAAGACUGGAAAAAUGAGAAAUGAACUAGAAUUGACAGAUUUGCCCAUCCCUAGAUAUGGGCAAGGCACGUUUACUAUAUUUAUAUAAUAAGACAUUUAGGCUAAAUUUUAGGAAGAGCUCUUGAGUUCCUUAGCAUUAAGAUAGACAUCAGUGUUAUAAGAUACAUUCAUGACUGUGCAUAUUCUAAGCUUCUGUACACAUAUUGUACAGAUGUAAAGAUUGGUAUUAAGUACAAUAUUCUGCAUCCUGUCUGUUCAGCUUCCAUUUUAAAAAAACAAGUCUCUAGUCCUCAUGGUUGCAAAAAUAGUCUUGAACAUGUGAGCACUACCAGGUGAAAUUGGCAGUGUGUGUUUUGGGAAAGAUUUCCUGUGCUGAGUGAACAGUUUCAGUGCCCUGCAAAGUUUUUUGUGGACAAAGCAAAAUAAAUUAGGCAAAAACAUGCAAUUUUUAUAAGAGCUAUUGAUUUCAACUUGACACAGAUUUUUUUUAAAAUAAACUUGGCGCAUGACAACUUAAAGCAUAGAGUACUGCAUAGCCUGACAGUGCAAAGUUUGGUCUUCCUACAGCUUUUAUAUGAUUCAGUGUCUACUGCUCAGAGAGAUGAUUAUAUUAGUCAAAUAUUGAUACUGAUAUAAAGCAAAUCCAACCACGGGUGUCUUUGGGAUCUCUCCUUGCUAUGACUUCCUGGAAGGGAAGAAUAUCAAAAUUAAAUAUGAGGGGGUGGGGGGAGAAGCUGUAGAAGUCUUGUGGACUGUGGGCCCCCAUUGGUUUCCCUCUUCUAGCAGACAGUGUGGUCCUUGUCAGCCCUGAUGUGGUCUGUUUCACAGCAGUUACUGUAAGUGGCUCAUUGACAGUGCUGGCUAUAGUGACUCACAGGCAGGCAAGCUCAGGGCUCAUCCACCCGUCCUUUUGUGGCAUGGUUCUAAGCACAGAUCUGGGCGGUAUUGUUAUUGGGUUUGGGGUAAAACCUGCAUUUUACCACUGAAUUGGAACAAAUGGCAAUCAGGUUUUCUGCACCUUACGGUUUGCUCUGAUUUAGCAAUAAAAUGCAGGUUUUCCCAGCGAAAGAGCCAGGCCAACCCCCCCACCCCCACCCCAUUCAGACCUGGACCUGGGAAGCGUGAAGCCAAGGUAAGUGUGAACCACCCUACAGCUACUCCCUGUGUUUUGGACGGGAGGUGCUCUAAGGCAUGGACUCUCUCUGGACGGUGCCGAAGUCAUCACUACCAGGCCCAUGAGCAUAGUCAGGAUGCACAGGGGGAAGCAAGUAAAUAAAAAUUCUUAACUAACUGACCAAUCACGUCUCUGAUAGCUUGGAUCUGCAGAAAUCCUGGCUGCACCCAUGGCUGUGCCCUUCAUUUUAGCCACUGUCUGAAAUGUGGCAGGUGAUUCUUAGGUCCAGGGCCUUCUCCGUAGUGGCAUCCUCCCUCUGGAGAUUCUACCCAGAAAGAAUCACCUGGAGAGCUGGCAUUUUAUUGCUGUCACUGCACUGUGAGAGGGUUAAAGACUAAUUUUAGCAUAACUGUUUUUAGUGGAAUUGUGCCUAUUUUAUGUAUCCUGGACAGUUGGGCUUGCUGAUCGGAAGCUUGGCGGUUUGAAUCCCCACGGACUAUCCCUAGUAACCAAUCUUCCCCAUUAACCACCACGUCCCCCAGCACUAGCAAGGUGAACCCCACACUCCACUUUGUUAUGCAGAGUUAGGAUUAUUGCUACAGAUGUACAGAGAUGGCUACAGCAUUGCAUAAAGGUAAAGGGUAAAGGUACCCCUGACCGUUAGGUCCAGUCACAGACGACUCUGGGGUUGCAGCGCUCAUCUCGCUUUACUGGCCAAGGGAGCUGGCGUACAGCUUCCAGGUCAUGUGGUCAGCAUGACUAAGACGCUUCUGGCGAACCAGAGCAGCGCACGGAAACGCCGUUUACUUUCCCGCCAGAGCAGUACCUAUUUAUCUACUUGCAAUUUUGGGUGUGCUUUUGAACUGCUAGGUUGGCAGGAGCUGGGACCGAGCAACAGGAGCUCACCCCGUCGCGGGGAUUCGAACUACUGACCUUCUGAUCUGCAAGCCCUAGGCUCUGUGGUUUAGACCAUAGCACCACCCACGUCCCGUACAGCCUUGCAUAUCGUGCCCUAAAGUGCAAAAGUCAACUUCCUAGGCGUGCCUUCACGUUGACAACCGUAAGAACAGCACAGAGGGGUUUAUGCUGUUUGGAGACACUGAUAAUUCCCAGAUUACAGAGAUGCUUGGAUUCUGUUGCAUUUAGCAUGCUUGCUGUCCACAAAGACAGGCCAGCAAAGCCUCUUUCUCCAACCCAUGCAAUUUUCGUGGUCGGCCAAGGUGUGUCAGCCAGUACUGCCAGGAUGAAAGUAAACUCAAGUCUUUGUCUUUUCCUUCUUAGCUGCCUCCCCAUUAAAAUUCAACUGGGCAAUCUGUGUGGUUCCGUUGUGAGGCAAGCAAGGAGGUGCAAGACCCAGCUGGGUUCAAAUGAUUUGGGGCAACAUAGCUGGUUCUUUUUGUUUCCAUUUCUGCCUGACAAACAAGCCUUUGCUCCCACCGUUUGCUGCUUAGUGAAGCAACCCCUUGAUUUUAAGGCAACCACAUCCUGUUUCUGGAGGAGGGGGAAGGAGAGCAGAGAGAUUUUGCUCUGUUUAUGGUAUGAAGAAGCACAUGCCUCCUUUUAAAGGUUUGGCAAAGGGUUUUGACCCAGAGUUAGGCCAUCUUUACACAUGCUGCAUCCUGAUAUCCAGGUUUAUUAUAAGCAUAUAGAGUGUUUUAAAUUGUUGCUUGGUGGUUUUCACAGGGAAGCAUUCUAAAAUGGCCUCUUCCCCUGGCAGUCUGAAGUGGUCAAGUCUAGAUUCCACCACUUCAAGUCCCCCCCCCCCCGAGUCUUUUGCAGGCCAUGUGUUUGUUUCAGGAUACAUAAUUGGAUGUUAGUGAGACUCUAGGGAGAAGGCUAGAAGGGCGGGGGGCACGGGUUUGCACUGCCAAUGCAUGCUCCUCUCCGCUCACUGCUUGGCACACCCUUGACACACCCCAUCAUUAUGCUGAGGCGGCUGGUGCACUAUGCUCACAGGGGCGCAAGGAGGAACAGACACUCGGCAGUGUCCUGAGGAGUUUGGCAGCCCCUUUCCCCUCCUUCCCGGUGUUGCUCAGCACAUCCGCUGUGCCCCACACCCCUGAGGAGGCUGCUGGAGUGUGGCUGUGGAGCCAACAAGGGCCCUGAGGGACCCCCAGUGUGCCUGGGCUGCUGCUGUGCCAUGAAUGGAUUUAUGUGUCUUUCAGGUAAAGCCAGGGCUGGCCCACCCAUGAGGCUAGGCGAGGCAACUGGCUCAGGCGGCAGGAUCCACAGGGGCAGCAGAUCCUGAUGUUGAUCUUUCUUUCCCCCGGUUCCUGAUCUUCCCUCACUCCUUCUUCCUUGUUGAGGAGGGUACCAUUUUGGCAUCUGAUAAAGCCUCUCAUAGGGAUUGGCUGGGCAACACUGAUGUCAUAAUGAGGUUGAGUUGCAUCAAUGAUGUCUCUGUGUGUGAAGGCACCCUUGCUAUACCUUUUCUGAUGCUUGCUAAAUACUGUUAAUCAGCAAGCCUCCCCAGACAAUCAACUGAUGUACGCUUGUUUUCAACAUUUUGUGAUUUUAUCUGUGAUCAUUGAUACGCAGAUAAAUAAUAUAAAUAUUAUUUAAUUCAUGUUCACUGCUUAGACAUUUCUAUUUUUAUUAUUAUUAGCUUUGUAUAUUCUAAAUAUAAAAUACAAUAAAAUAGGAAGAGGGAAGGCAGGGAACCGUCCCCCCACCUCAGUGCUAUAGACCACAUUUCUCACCACCACCUCUGGUUAUUAGGAGUUAACCACAGCUGAUGUUCUCCCUGCUUACUUUCUUUUAAAAAGCAUUUUAAUAUUGACUAAACCUAAGAGCAGGCCUUUGACACUUCCUGAGAGUCUUGGCUGCAACCCUACUGAACUAUUUUUGCCCUCUUCUUCUAUCAAAUUUUAAAUAGCACCUUUGAGCAGGAAAGGAGGCGGCAACAGACCAAAAUUAGAAGGAAAGCAAAGCAAAGGGAAAGGUCAGAAGAGAGGGGUCUAUCAGUGCAAGUAUUUCUCCUUGCCCCUCUCCUCGCCCUGCGUGCCUCUCAAAACUGGAGUUUUCUCAACCCUUUGAAGCAGAGAUGGUGAUGGCACAGGGCAUGCAUGGUUUCCGUUGUGAAUAUCCUAGGAGGAAUCCAGCUGAAAAUAGUGCAGAUAUUCUAUGCUACCCUGAUACCAACCAACCAGCUACUGGUGCCUGUCAUGUCACUUCCCAAUCAGCCCCUGAUUCCAAUGGCCUUUCUUUGGCAUCAGAAGCCCUGGGACCAGCAUGGAGCACAUCCUUGCUUCUUCCUUCCAGUGGUGGCCAGACCACUUACCAGGAAGGAGAGGAGCAAGGCUUCGGGGAGAUUGGCAUAUUGUGGGCACAUGGGAGGAAGUGCCAAGUUCAGCCUGCCCAUUUGCCUGCACCAAGCUAGCUUCCCUCCCACUUUGUCCUCUCCCUCCCGGAAAGCAGCAGUGGCACGGCUACCUGAAAGCUGGCAGGGCAGCUUUGCUCCCUGAAUUUUGUCUGGAAGUGGAGCUCAGUGAUUUUUGCUGAGUCCCAGCUGUCAAUCAAUCUCAGCAGGACCGUUAAAAAAAUAGUGGAGCACUGGUUGGGGAAAUAUCAUCCUUGCCGCCGUUUUUCUGGCAACUGGUGUGAAAUAGGUAAAUAAAAAAUAAGGUCAGUUUUCUUGGGUGGAUCCUGUUUAACAAGACUCCUGGAAUUAGUCUGGCCCACACCAAAGAGACAAUUUGUUCCCCACAUCCCAUGGAGCUCUCUCCACUGCAAUGACUGUUGUGAUGUCCUCAGAGAAAACACUGUUCAAUCCCAGACAUCUCCAGGAAGGGCAGGGAAUGUCUUAAGGGCGUGUCCACACUUCUGCUUCUCCUGUGCCUUGGAAGCACAGGUCUGAGCUGUUUUCCCCUUUCCCCUCACCUUUCCCAGGGAAACCCACUCUUUAGCUCCAAAUCAGAACAAGUGGCAAUCCACAGUUGCUGUUCACUCCGAUUGAGCACUAAAGAGUAGUUUUCCCUGGGGGGAAGUGUGGGGAAGCCCUGAAAUUCUGUUAGGCCACUGCCAGCCAGGGCUUAUCCACACUUACCUUAUGCCCCGCUCUUUCUAGGCACAGGUCUGCACUUUAAAGCUCCAUGUCCAAGUGCCCCAUUUUUUGCUCCAAAGCUUUCCCUGCGAAAAGCGGCUCUUUAAAGCUGACUCAGAGCAAACAGCAAUUUGUAGAGUGCCAUUUCUCUGACUGAGCUUUAAAGCUCCUUGAACAAAAUGUGACUUGCUUUUCUGUGAAGAUACUUUUCUUUCUCCUCCUGUAAAUAUCCUUCCAACACAACAACACUGAUUUCUCUUACCCUUUAUCAUAUUCUCAACUAGCUAGCCCCACCCCCAUCAAUUGCAUGGAUUCAGAAUAUGAUGUUACUAGCAGUGGGACCCUUCCAGUAUUGCUUUUGUCAUUGGGGGGAUGACAGACACAAUUUUUAAAGAGAAGUCGCAGUUGGUUAUUGGUCUGUGGUACAAGCCUGGCAACUUUUCAGUUUACAUGACAAUUGCUGGAUCUUAUCAGGUCAGAUGCUGCGUCGACCAACAGUUCUGCCACUCUCUCCUAUGCUUACAGCCUUUCUUUAAGUUUUACUUUUCACAAUGCUGUAUGUUUGUUUAUUCAUUUAUAUUUUCAUCCUCCAUGUUCUGUUUUUAAAAAUGCAAAUAUGUUUAAAAGAGUUGCAAAACUGCUCACGGGACUGAUGCGUUGGUGAUGUCAUGUGUGCUACCCAAUUAGUGCUGUCAGUGUCCCCCCCCUUUUUUUCUUUUUAAGGAAAAAGGCAGACACCAUGAAGUUGUUACAAUCUCAACAGCCAAGGGAAAGGGACUGAAAACAAGAAACGCUUCAGUGAGAUUUUCCGGAGUCUGGAUGCCAUAGAAAUUUCAAUUGGAAAUUCGGCGGUUGAUAUGUUCAUUGAUGAUGCUAAUGACAAUGAUAGUGGAAUCUCAAACCUACAGAUGGAAAAACUACAGACAGAUGAAGCUUUCUAUAAAUGUGAAGGAAGUUCGGAAGCAGGAGAACCAGGGAACAUGUCAGCUGAAGAGGCCGACGAGAUGCUGAUCAAGUGCACUGGUGGUGUGGAAGCAGCCCUAGGCUAUGCCAAGAUGUGGUGCAAAUACGUCAAGGAACUCUUGACCUGGGUUGACAAACGCCUGAAUUACGAAACUGAGUUUGCAAAGAACAUCCUGAAGAUCGCUGAUGCUGGCAGGAGUGCCAUUUUCCCACAGAUUUGCAUGCCCUUACAGACUCUGUACACCAUGACCAUGGAGCAUGACAUCAGGGCAGGGAACUUGGCCAUAGAGACGGCUGGGAUUUUGCAAAUGAAGGAAUACUAUCAGCCUCUUUGGGCGAAGAGGAAUGAAAUUGAGAAAUGGCGGAAGGAAUUCAAAGAUCAGUGGCAGAAGGAGCAGAAAAGGAUGAAUGAUUCCAGGUCCUCGAUGCAGAAGUCGCGGCUCCACUACCUCCAGCGCUGCGAGGAUUUGGAGAAAGCCAAAGUGCUAAGUGCCAGAGCAGAAGAAGAAUGGCAGAACACUGCAGGCAGCGGCACCAAGCAACUGGAGAAACGGCGGCGAUGUCGUGAUGAGCUGCAGUCCAAGGUACAGGAACUGGAAGUUGUCUAUCGAAGCUGCGUCUAUGAUGCUAACAUCCACCGGCAAGAACUGGAGAAAGUAAGGGAGAGAAUCGUCUCCCACAUCCGCAAACUUGUGUACCAAGGAGAUGAGGUGCUGAGGCGGGUCACCUUGAGGAUGUUCAUGUUCCAGAAAGCCCAAGCAGAGCGAAUCCCCGCAGGAUACCAGAACUUGACUGAGGUCUGCAAGCCCUACAGGAUUGGGGCAAAGUACCUGGAGUUCAUUCAGAAUCUGCAAAAAAACGAACUUCCGAUGGAGGUGUACAAAUUUGAGGAGUAUAUAUCCUCAGGCCAGAGGUCACCCCCCACUAAUGCCAGAAGAAAGAAUGCUUCACACGAUACUCGUAUCUCAUCAUCUGCAGCUGACCUCAGCAGCCCCUCAGAAGAUGCCUCUGGAAAGCCAUCUUCCUCAAGCAGUGAGCAAAGUGGCAGCAAGUCCUCCUACAGUGACACUGAGAGUCUGGGAGGGAGUACUGAGGGCCAGUCCUUAGAUUCACCUGCCUCCAGCCCAGGCCACAAGAAGUUGCUGAAAGCUCCAUCCACAGGCACCGUGUCUUCCUCUGAGGACUGUGAAGGCAAAGAUUUAAUGCAAGCCUAUGACCAUGCUCUCACGGAUGAAAAUGGCUUGUCCUAUUACCACUUCAAGAACAACAACCUGUCCAGUGCUGCUCAGACCCACCACCUGCGGAAGCUGAGGGGCCCUUCAAAAUGCAGAGAAUGUGAGAACGUAGUGCUCAAAGGCGUUGAAUGUGAAGAGUGCCUCCUGACCUGUCACAAGAAAUGCCUGGAGAGUCUCCUCAUCACCUGUGGUCACCAGAAACUGCCAGCACGGGCAUCGCUCUUUGGGAUCGACUUCCUUCAAGUGUCACGGGAUUUCCCAGAAGAAGUGCCAUUCAUUGUGGCCAAGUGUACCUCGGAAAUAGAAAGGCGUGCACUGGGAGUGCAGGGCAUUUACCGCAUCAGUGGAGCCAAAUCCCGGGUGGAGAGGCUGUGUCAAGCCUUUGAGAGUGGCUGGAGGCUGGUGGAGCUCUCGGAUCAUUCCCCUCAUGACAUCACUGGAGUCCUUAAACAUUUCCUUAAGGAGCUUUCCAGUCCUGUGCUCCCAUAUGAACUGUACGAUGAUUUCAUGGCUCUCUCCAGGAGCGUGCAGAGAACGGAAUACAGAACAGGGGCUGAUCCUGAGACCUUGACAGAUCCCAUCAAGAGUACAAAGGAUUUACUGCGCAAACUGCUACCAACAAAUUAUAACACAUUACGGCACCUCAUUGCUCACCUCUACAGAGUGGCUGAGAGAUAUGAGGAUAACAAGAUGUCUCCAAACAACCUGGGGAUCAUCUUUGGGCCCACACUAAUCCACCCUCCCUUGAGCAAUGAAGUUUCCAUGUCGUGCCUCGUGGACUCAGGGUACCAGUCCCAACUGAUUGAGUUUCUCAUCCUCAACUACGAAAGGAUAUUUGGGAUGGAUGACCUGCCUCCAUCUGGGCCUUGUGAACGUGAAAACUCUUUGAAAGAAGCAAAUACCAAGGAAGCUCUUUCAAGCAGCAAAAGAGAUGUUGCAGCACCUUCUGAGCCAGGGGAGCUCAAUGCACAGAUUCACAAACAUGGCUUUUCCUUCCAACAGAAGUCCUUCUCUAAGCCAUAUCUGGGUGAAGACAACAGCACUGCUGUGGAUUCUUGCUCUACCAAUGCCAGGCAGGAGCAAACCCACUUUCCUGAAAGUGGGGAAACCAUAGAGCUGAACAGCAGUGAUGGCAACAAACAGAAUGAUGCUAUACUUGACCCUGAAGCCACCAAUGUCAGCCCACAGACCAGGGGGCGCUUCAGCCGGAUGCCUGUGAAGCACCUUCGCACUGUCACCCCCAAAGUGCCCAGCCUGCCCCUGCUGGCUGCUACCAUGGCUGGCUCAGAGGCAGGCAGCAGUCUCCUAGAGCAAGGUACAAACAGCUGCAGCAACUCGCCAGACACUGGAGGGCAGCGCAAGCACUUUGAGAUCACUCCGGAGACUGGCAGGAUUGUCUCCAAGUUCCAGACUCAGAAUGGGAGCCAAGACUGCUGCACUGCAGGGCUGGAAAACCCACUGGAGCGAGAGCCUGUGGAUGCAUUGGGAGGAAGCAGGACUGAAUCUUAAUGGUUUUGUUUUAAUCUUUUAGGAAGCAAACCAGACAAAGGGCUUGAAUUCCAGUUCCAGGAACAAUUUGGAAUAACUUGACCCUAACUUUGCAAAAGCAGGAAAAACUGCUGUUCACCUAUGAGUCCACUUGAGAACUGGGGAAGAAACAGCCCUGGGUGUAUCUCACAGAAACCUAGGACGGAUGAUGUUCCCUCCACAUUUAACUGUUGCAUUUCUUUGCUUUGAAGAGCCAGUGGAGCUGCUGGGUUGCUGUAAGCUACAAAGCCAUUACUGUAGUGCAGUCUCUCGAAAUGAGGCUGGGGCUGAAGGGCAACUUCCCAGGGAUGGCCAGGAGCAUUUGGGAGGAGGAAGAGUCAAGGGCAGAGCCUAAGACAUAGCAGGGUGUUGCUUGAGGUCCCAGGGGAGUUGUUGGUCAGCAUGGGGUGGCUGGUUUUUCCAGGGGCCAUGUUGGAGAUUUGGGGUGUUUGGGCAGGACUGUUCAAGUAAAAUCCAGGGUGGUUCAGGGCUGGUUUUUCCACCUGGGCUGGAUAUGGUUUGAAAAGGUGAUGCCGUUACGUUGAGACUACAUGAUUGCAGGGGGGGGGGGGCUCAGCCAGACUGCCACAUGCAGGGCUAUAUUCAGCAGGUUUAAAGAUACCAAAAUAUCGAGAAAGUUGAGCUCCGUGACCUAUAUUAAUUUUGCAAAUUAAGCAAAGUUUUGUAACUUCUCUUACCUUGCAUUCUUCUAUUAAUUUUAUUUCUUACUUA